AUGGCGGUCCGCGCUCAAUUUGAAGGUUCGAACGAGGUUGGUGUGUUCUCUACUCUCACAAACGCAUAUGCUAUUGUAGCAGUGGGAGCUUCAGAGAACUUUUACAGUCGCACAGAAAGCCAUGAGGCGAAACUUUGGCCUGUUAGAACCACAUUAACCUUAUGCGACAGCAUCUUUGAGGCCGAGCUUCAAGACGUCAUUCCAAUUUGCCAUGCUACGAUAGCCGGUACCAGGAUAGUGGGUCGUUUGACCGCAGGUAACAAGAAAGGUCUCCUUGUUCCCACAACAACUACAGAUCAAGAGCUUCAACAUCUGCGCAACUCCAUUCCAGAUAGCGUCAAGAUCCAAAGAAUAGAAGAGCGCCUUUCCGCACUCGGCAAUGUUAUCUGCUGCAAUGACCACGUCGCUCUCGUGCACCCCGAUAUCGAGCGAGAGACGGAGGAGAUAAUAGCCGAUGUUUUGGGCGUCGAAGUCUUCAGGCAGACUAUUGCGGACAAUGUGUUGACGGGUAGCUACAUGUCGUUAAGCAAUCAAGGCGGCAUCGUGCACCCCAAGACGAGCAUCCAAGAUCAGGACGAGUUGAGCAGUCUUCUGCAGGUACCACUUGUGGCAGGCAGUGUGAACCGAGGAAGCGCCGUUGUCGGUGCGGGUAUGGUGGUAAACGACUGGAUGGCUGUCACGGGCCUCGAUACCACUGCUACUGAGCUUUCGGUAGUUGAGUCCGUCUUCAGACUAGGCGAAGGCAACGGCCCCAGCGCCAUCAACACUACACACAAAGAUGCGAUGGUCGAGUCCUUCUACUAA